AUGGACGCCAGCGCAACCGCGUCUCCAGAGCCGGAGGCGCGUCGUCGGUCCGGACGCGUCGUCAAAGCUCCCACCAAGUACGCGCCCGAGCCGACAGCGCCGGCGGCGAAGCGCAAGCGGAACGACGACGAGGUCGACGACGACGCCGGAGAGGGCGCCGAGAACGGCGAUGGCGCCUCGGACGAGGACAUGAGCGAUGUCGCCAGCGACGCCGACAGCGACCAGGACCAUCCUGCGCCGAAGCCGCGAAAGGCGGCGCAAACCAGCCGCGCAAAGAAGCCGAGCACCAAGAAGCCCAAGAUCAACGGCUCCCGGCCGGCCAUGUCGGGCACCAUUGCGCGCAUCCCCAGUCGGCCCAAGAAGACGGUCCGCAUCGACGCUGGAGAGAAGGGAACCGGGCUGUUUGCCGACAUCUUUGCGUCCGGCGAUUCUGCUCAGUUUGUUGCCAAGCAAUGGCUCGAGACAUACAAAGAGAGCGAUGCGGCUGCCUUGGGCGAUCUCGUCAACUGUAUCCUGCGAUGCGCCGGCUGUGACCUGGAGGUGACGGUCGAUGACAUUCGCGACCCGGAAAACAUCCCUAACCGACUGGUGGAUCUGCAAAAUGUGUAUCAAGAGCAACAAAUCGUCGACUACCCCUUGAUCGCCCGAGCCAAGUCCACUCGAUCAUUCCGAGAUCUGCUCAUCAAUUUCUUCCAGGCCCUGGUUACUCUGCUGCACGAGACCGAUGUCAUGUACAAGGAUGUCGAUCUCGUCGACAACCUCCACGCUUGGUUGGCCAGCAUGUCUUCUUCGCCGCUGCGUCCCUUCCGCCACACGGCAACGACGAUUUCUCUCGCGGUUCAGUCUGCGCUUGUUGACAUCGCCAGCAUCCUCGACCGACGCAUCGCCAGCAUUGAGCAGCAGGCGCAGGCUGCGAAGCGCGGCAAAAACAAGAGCAAGGCCGACGAGAUCCAGCGCAGCUUGGUCGAGGCCAACAACAAUCGCAAGAUCUGCAACGACGCUAUCCAGUCAUUCUUUGAAACCGUCUUCGUCCAUCGGUACCGUGAUGUCGAUCCCAGGAUUCGGGUCGAGUGUGUUGAGGCCCUCGGAACCUGGAUUUGGAACCUGCCCACAGUCUUCCUUGAGCCCGGCUACCUGCGCUAUCUGGGCUGGAUGCUGUCUGACACCAACGCGGGAACGAGGCAGGAGGUGUUGAAGCAGCUCAACAAACUGUUCAAACGCGAUGCGGAGCAGCUGGGUCACUUCAUCGACAGAUUUCGUCCCCGGCUUAUUGAGAUGGCGACGGUCGAUGCUGAUGUGUCGGUCAGAGUGGCUGCCAUCUCGGUUAUUGACUCGUUGCGGGCGGCUGCCAUCCUGGAGCCUAACGAGAUUGACGCCAUUGGGAGGCUCAUCUUUGACAGCGAGAUCAGGGUUCGCAAGGCCGUGGUCGGCUUCUUCGUUGCCUGCGUUGGCGAUGCGAUAGACGGCAAGAUUGAACAAAUGGGUGGCUCCGAUGUCCUGGAAGAACUGGAUCUUGCUGGAGAAGACAUCUACGAGGCCCCGAGGAAAGACUGGCUCAAUCUGAAAGCUUUGGCCGAAACACUCACCAUCUAUGAUACCCAGGUAGAGCAGACUCAGCGGACAGGGGGGCUCUCAGUGGGGCUUGAUGUUGACCUGCUGGAGAGCACCAUGCCCGACACGAGGAUUUCUCUGGCGUCUCAAGUGCUCUACGACAGAAUCCCGGAAGUCAAGUCCUGGCAGAUCCUGGCCGGCUAUCUCCUGUACGACCACACGACGAGUACCAAGUCCAAAUCCAAAUCAAAGAAGAGCAACCCGUCCGAGGAUGCAUUCAAGAAGGCGGUUGCCCCCACCGCCGUGGAAGAGAAGAUACUCCUUGAUGUCUUGAGCUCCGCCAUCAAGUCGAGUCUGCUACAAAUCUCCGAGCAAGACAAGAGCAAGAAGCGUGGCCCUCGCUCCGAAGCAGCCGACGCCCAGGAAGAGUUGGCGCUGGAGUUGGCCACGAACAUUCCCAAACUGCUGAGCAAAUAUGGUGCCGAGCCUGAGACGGCGGCCAUCGUCCUUCGGCUGGAGCGCUAUCUCCAACUGGACUCUUUCCAGCAGUUGCGGCAAGACACUAGCAUAUACGAAAAGCUGCUCGAUGAGGUCAUCACGCAGUUCAACAGACACGACGACAAGAGGGUCUUGGCCGAGGCAGCAGCUGCCUUGUUGCAUGCUCGGCAGUUCGAAGAGCUGGAGGAACUGACUGACAGCAAGCUAUCCGUUCUGUGGGAAGUGGUCAUCAACUCCCUCCGCAGCUUUGACACGACAUGCGAGCUCUCCGCCAGAGGUAAUCUGGAAGAAGCACCGCUCCAGGAGCUGUCCACCAUCUUGACAAAGAUCAGCCAACUGGCUAGUAUAUCCGACUGCGUUGACUACCUCGAGAUUGCGCCGUCCAAGGGUGAUUCCACGUCUCCGGCGAUCCAGAUACUGGUCAACAUUGUUCACCGCGGAGAGUUCGAGCCUCUGGAAGACGACAUUGACAACUUGGAAGACGAAGUGGUAACUUUGGCAAUUAAGGCCUGCCAGUUUUACUUCAUGUGGAAGACGCGCAACCUGAGCAAGCAGCUGACGUCGGGCUCCGGCAUCGCCGACGAAGAGCUCGACAGCCUGUCCGUUCUGCGGCAAACCUACCGCAAGCACUUGAUCACGACGUUCUCUUCUCGAGCUUCCAUUGACCAGCUCCGCCUGUUCGCUACCGGCAGCCUCUGCGACCUGCACCUGACCUUUGCGUCGUUGCGCCCGGUAAUAGCUCGCCCGUCAAGUUCCGCAUCUCGGCCGGGCGGCAGCGAAAAGUUCAAGGUUCUGGUUCAGCAGAUGGAGUCCAGCCUCGUUCCCGAACUGACGGCCAUCUUCGACGGUGCUGAGAAGCAGUAUGCGAAGAAGGCCAAGAAGGACAGGAUACUGAACGAGCCCGCAGAAGACGAGGACCCUGUCGAUGACGAAGAGUCCUCUGACGACGAGGAAGAGGACGAGAAUCUGUCCAAGGAAGAGCGGCUCGCCGCCGAACUCAAGGCCGAAAAGGCCCUGUGCGAAUUGACUGCCAAAUACGUCCUCGUCAUCACGGCGGACCUCAUCGAUCCCAAGGGCGGCCAGGUCAACAAGCUCAAGCGGCGGCUGCAGCGCAACGCGACCAAGCUGGGCCACAACUUCAAAGAAGUCGUCGCCUACCUCGACGCGGAGAAGAUGAGCAAGCGCAACAGCAAGAAGGCCGCCGCCAAGUCGACGACGACGGCACCGGCAGAAAAGCCGCAGAAGCCAGCCCUGAGCGCGGAGACUGUCCACGAUGAGGACGACGACGACGACGACGAGGAGGACAUCUUUGAGGAUGCCGCGCCGGAAGAGGGAACGAGGGAGGAUCUUCGGAGGAGGGGCCUGCUGGAUGACGAUCCUAUCGAAGAUGAUGAGGACGAGGAGCAGCAGGAUGCGGAGAGGCAAAAUGACGAUGCAGAUGAUGAUGAUGUGAUUGGAGAUUGA